AUGACGGUAGAAACAGGAAUAAAACUUACAACUUGGAAAGCCAUAAAAAAUCCUCCGUAUCCUGCUGAAGGUGCUGGAAAUCAAACUUUAAAUUUUACCCAUCUACUCGCAGCAGUUAUUGGAAUCCCACUCUUUACUGCUUAUUACUUUUGUUUGGGUUUUUACACUUGCCUUAUCCUCUUUUUCCCCCUUGGAGUAUCUGUCUUUGGUUUAUUUUUAUUUAUAUCUUCUAGAAUUUCUUCCCCUUAUAAUAACAAAGUACAACUUCCCGGUAAAAAAGUUGAAGAAUAUUUUAAAGUUAGAGAUGAAAAUUUGUCAAAAUAUGUUGGUCGAAACAAAAUUCCCAUGGAAAUAUUUUUUGAAAAUUAUUUUGAUGACAAAAUUGAUCUUUGCGGUGACGCUUUAGAAAUUCUUGAAGUUCGUCAUGAUUGGGCAUCUUUUGAAAUUGGAUUAGGUCAAGCUAAAUUUUUCAUUACUCAAUGGAUUCCAGAAACUUUAUGGCAUUCCAAAAAGCAAGAUGAAGAUCAAGUACGAGAUCAUUAUGAUCGUGGUGAUGAUUUUUAUGAAGCAUUUUUAGGUGAAACAAUGGUUUAUACUUCAGGAAUUAUUUCAGAUCCUAAUAAAUCCGAAACUUUGGAAGAAAUACAAAAGAAUAAAUUAAAAUUUGUUUGUGAGAAAAUGAAAUUUAAAUCGGGAGAACGACAUUUAGAUAUUGGAUGUGGAUGGGGUACAUUAGUUGCUUAUGCCGCUAAAAAUUAUGGAGUUGAUUCUACUGGAAUAACUUUGGGUAAAAAUCAAACAGAAUUCGGUAAUAACCGAAUUAAAGAUUAUGGUGUUGAUUCUGGUCAAGCACGAAUUGUUUGUAUGGAUUAUCGUGAUAUUCCAAGUCGUCCAAAAUAUAAUAAAAUUACAUGUCUUGAAAUGGCUGAACAUGUUGGUGUUAGACAUUUUUCAACUUUCUUAGCUCAAGUAAGAGAUAUGUUGGAAGAUGAUGGAAUGUUCUUUUUACAAAUUGCUGGUCUUCGUCGUACAUGGCAAUAUGAAGAUUUCAUAUGGGGAUUGUUUAUGGCAAAAUAUAUCUUUCCUGGAGCUGAUGCAUCUUGUCCAUUGAAUUGGUUUGUUAAUCAAUUAGAAUGCGCAGGAUUUGAAAUUUAUAAUAUUGAUACCAUUGGAGUACAUUAUUCGGGAACCAUUUAUCGUUGGUAUAAAAAUUGGCUUGAAAAUAGAGAAAAAAUUACUGCUAAAUAUGGAAAAAGUGCCACGUGUUAUCAAAUUGUGGCUCAUAAAAAUUUUAAUGCAUUUGAUCGUGCUAGUUUAAUUCCACAAAGAUUUGUUGCUUAA